UUUUGAAAUAUUUUUGCGGUAAUGGAAGACAUUUACGAAGUGAAAGGAACAACUGAGAAUCAUGAAGACGGUGCUCUUAAUGGAACUGAGGAGACUAAAACUGAGGUCAAAAUAAUAAGAGCUAAGAAGCCUAUCCUCAAGCUCACUCCUGAGCGUUUAACAGAGAAUGAGGAUGGCUUUAGCUCUCUUUAUAAUGAUAUUAAAUACAACUUGAUAAUUAAAGGAGAGGGACAUGAGAUUACAGAUCUCCAAAGGUUGAUGAACAUUUAUCGUGGAUGGCACAACAAGGUUAUGCCUAAAUAUAAAUUUGACCACUUUGUGAAACAGCUUAGAGUGCAAGGAAAGGAACCUCAAGUCCUUAAUUCCCUCGAGCAGUACAGAAAACUCCAUAAAGGGAUCAUUACAACCCUUGAAGAAGAGAAAACAGAUUUUAAGAAGGAAGAUGAUUUUGCUCCAUCUAUCCCAGAAGAGGAUGAAUACCAAGCUCCUCCUCAAGAAGAUGAAGAUGACCUUCAAGAAUUCUUAGAAGCUGCUCAGGAGCAAAAGCAACAAAAAGUUGAGCCUGAGCUUAAGAAAGAGAAGGUGAUUGUAAAUGAAAAAGAAAAGGAAAAUAUUAAGCCAGCAGAUGACGAUGAUAGCCUAAAUGAUGAUGACUUAGAUGACAUUAUUAGUGAUGAAGAAUAA